AUGUCUAGAGUACCUAAAGAAGCCAAGACUUUUGUCUUGAACAAAUCGCCUGUAACCGCAGUGAACCUCAACUUGGGUGAAGAGAAAUCAACCUUUAAACUUAUCAAUAAGCCGAUCAGAGAUCUCCGCGAUGAUGAAGUUCUUGUGAAGACCCUCUAUCUUUCAAACGAUCCUACUCAGAGAGCAUGGAUCCAAAAGGGCUUGAACGCAGAAAGAAUGUACGUUGAUCCAGUGUUGGAAGGACAAGCCAUGAAAUCUUCAGGUUUGGGACGAGUCGUGGCUUCAAAGCUUCCGGGUUAUAAUGUUGGUGAUGUCAUCAGCUGUGCCCUCAGUUGGCAGGAUUACUCCAUUGUCAAGAAGGUCCUGGUAUACAACAAGAUCCCUCAAACCGAUCUCCCCAUGACUAUGUUCCUUGACGUGUUGGGGAUGACUGGGCUUACUGCCUACUUCGGUCUCUUGCAAGUUGCUCAGUUGAAGAAAACUGACACCAUUGUUAUUUCCGCUGCUUCAGGUGCCACUGGAUCCAUGUGUGUUCAAAUAGCAAAGAAGGUCAUCGGAUGUAAGCGAGUGAUCGGGAUCUCUGGAGGUGCCGAAAAGUGUCGCUAUGUAGAAUCGAUUGGUGCCGACGUUUGUGUCGACUACAAGGACCCAAAGUUUGAAAAGAAUAUGAAACAGGCUCUUGGUGAGGAGAAAUACUGCGAUGUUUUCUUCGAUGGUGUUGGUGGGCGUAUUCUUGACACUAUGUUGCAAUUGGUGAAGCCGUUUGGACAGGUGAUUGCAUGUGGUGCCAUUGCCGGGUACAACGAUUUCAGAAAGUCAUUCGUCUCUGGCUGGGGUCAAAUCAUCACCAACAGAUUGACGGUUAAGGGAUUCAUUAUUCUUGACUUCCAGGACCAAUAUGAACAAGGGGUCAAGGACAUUGCCAAGUGGAUCCAAGAGGGAAAGAUCAAGGUUGAUAAUUCUUCUUUCACUCUCGUGGACCUCUCACAUGAAGGUGAUUUCAGAAAAAUCCCGGAAACUUGGGGCAUUCUCUUCUCGGAUAAGAAGGGUCCAGGUAAGCUCUUGACCAAGUUGUAG